AAAUGAGUGAAAAGCAAGAAAGACAGCAACUAGAGGCUAUUGUCCUUAUCUCUUCUCUUCCCUUCUUUACUCUCCCUCCCUCUCUCUAAUCAGUGACCCCUUUCUGCUCAUUUCCCUUGUAGCCUCGCCUUUCAUCAGAACUCCAUAUCUUCCAAGCUUUCGGCGAAAAUAAAGAAAAUUAACGAGAAAGAAAGGCACUAUACGCCACUAUGGAUGGUGCUGUCUCGCCUGAACUUGAGUCAGAAGCAUCUCCAGAGCUCACACCAGAAGUUCGAGAAUCUAAGAAGAGGAAAAUGGUGGAGAAAACAGUUGUGAGGGUGAGAGUUGGAGAGAAUGUCAGUAAAGUGAAGAAUGAAGGGCCACCAUCGGACUCAUGGUCUUGGAGGAAAUACGGACAAAAGCCUAUUAAAGGAUCUCCUUAUCCGAGAGGCUAUUACAGGUGCAGCACAUCCAAAGGUUGUUCGGCCAAAAAGCAAGUAGAGAGAUGCAGAACGGACGCUUCGAUGCUCAUCGUCACCUACACUUGUUCCCAUAACCAUCCAGCUCCAGAAUCACGCUCCACCGCUCAACAAUUCAAAGAAUCAAGAACUCAAACCACCCAAGAUCUCCCACCUCCUACUUCAAAGGCGGAAGACAAGGACCAGGAGGAAGAGAAGAAAGAUCUCCAGCUUAUGACAGCUAGUGAUCGAGGUGCAAAUGAAGAGAAUUUUCGUUACUUGAAAUCCCCGAUAGGCUGUUCUGAAGAUAUUAUUAUCGACCACGAGGAUCCUUUCGAACUGAACUCAGAGAAAACCCAUGAGAGGAUAGAUCUUCUCUUGGAGGAAGAGCCCCCAUGUUGUUCUCAGCUCAAGAACCUCUCAACACUGAAAUCGGAAGAACUUGACUUUUUCGACGAGCUCGAAGAGCUACCCAUGUCUCCGUCUUUGUUGAACUUUAUGAGGAACAAUUUUUCCGGCGAAAGGAUUCCGGUUGCCCCGUCAUGAAAUGUAACUAGAAUGUUCAUAUACACGCUAUACCCAUAUCAUUUAUAUUUGUUCUCUGUUUUUAUGUAUAUCUCAGAUAUUUUCGUCGAGGAGAAAGUGUGAUUGGCAAAUAUGGAGAGUGCAUAAGCUAGGCCCUUGCAGGGGAAGCAAGUGGAAGCUGCAGCUCAGCUCAGAGACAAGGGCAGUUUCGUCGUUUAAUUUAAUUCAGGCAAAAUGAGAUCUAUCGAUCUUUAACCGUGUAAACUUUUGUCCAUUCAGAGAUAACAUGAGAUUCACGAGUUAGUGCCGAAGUAUCUUUGCCGAAUGAAGUCUCUGUUUUUUUUUUUUUUUUGCCGUCAAUGGUGCCUUAGAUGAAAGAGAAAGCCACUCUUCUUCUUAUGGGGCAGUUGAGAGGUGUUAAGGUGAUAUUAUUUGGUGCGAUGAUAUUGGAGCAGUUUAUUUCAUGAACCAAUUCGGUACGGCUUUGUUGGCAUUACUCGAUGAAUAAACAAGAUACCAAUUUAUGAGCUUUUUAUACUCAA